AUGGUUUAUGACUAUCGCUAUGUUGUUUUUGUUCACACAUCGGCAUUCACCUAUCGUCCAGAUAAUAUAAUGGAAAUUCGUGUUGUUGCAACUAAUGAAGAAUUCAUGCCAAUAGAAAAUGAUGAAUUUCUUAUUGAAGUUUUCGAUAAUAAUCUUAAACGUGUUGGUGAAUUCCCAAUUAUUACGAUUCGCUCUGGUAUCACGGAAACAUUCAAAUUUCCAAUUGGCGUACAAUGUAAUACUGUUACAUCAUCAUUUGAUAUUAAGACUAUAUUUCAACAAUUUCUUCUUCAUAUAGAUAAAACUCUUCGUGGUGUUAUUGAAAUGCAUAAUGAUUACAAUGUACUUAUUUUUGGUUGUGCUUUACUGACCAUCGGUCAAAUUACUGAACAAGACAUGCAACUAGUCAUGUUAAUAUCAAUUAUGAUCUUUUAUCAUUAUUUAAUAUUUAUGUUAAAAAAAGCUUUUGUUAUGCAAGUUUAUUUUCAAGCAAUUGAUCUUGCGUGUGGUCAAGAACGUGCCAUUGAAUAUGUUAUUUCUGUAUUUAUACGUGAUGCUAUUUAUACUAUUCGUUCACUUCAUUUUGAAGCUGGAAUGAAAAAUGAAUUUAAAAUUAUUGACAAACGUUUGGAUUGUGAACCAACUAAACUGAAAAACUUGAUUGUUACUGUUUCAAUGCCCAUUGGUAAUGAACAAGAAAAAGUACAAGAAGAAAAAUCAGUUGAAACUGUUUCUCUUAUGUCAACAACUCGACGUAGUACUGGUAGUGCUAAAUUAUCAACUGAACUAUUAUCAGCAGUCAAGAGCUCAGUUCAAACUUAUGUCAAUACACCAGUUGCUAGUUCGCAAAUUUCAAUUGUUGGUCAUAUAGACAAAUUUUAUAUUCAAUUGAUUCCAUUGAAAUCAGCUGAAAAAUUUGAACUAUUACCAUGUCAUAUAUACUUUUAA